CAGCCUGUCAGUCACGCACACUUCAGCCCCGCCCCUCUUUUCCCAGCAUACAGCAGCGUAAAAGCAAAACACCACGUGACACCCGGUGAGAAGAAGCUGUCAUGGCGUCCCCCUGUGAGCGGGGAGCCCCGAGCUGGCAGCGCUUGGCGGCGGCGGCGGGGGGAAGCGGCAGCCCCCGCCGAGGGACGGAGCUGGUGGACUCUGUGGACGACGCGGAGGGGCUGUAUGUGGCGGUGGAGCGCUGCCCGCUAUGUAACACCACCCGCCGGAGGCUGACCUGCGCCAAGUGCGUCCAGAGCGGGGACUUCAUCUUCUUUGACGGGAGGGACACGGAGAGGUUUGCAGACAAGAGGGAGAGAUUAAAUCGCUUAAGGGAAACGCAGCUGGAUUUUCAGAAACAGGUGGCAUCAGUUGUAGAGGGCAAGCUGGCAGCAGACAAGCUGAAAUGGAAGAUCAUGUCUUGCAAGAUGCGGAUUGAACAGCUGAAGCAGAGCAUAUGGAACGGGAAUGAGGAGAUUGCAAAGAAUUCCGAACUUCUUACCAAGUCCAAAAAAUACAACCACGAAAUCUAUCUCAGGAGUCAAAGGCAUCAGGAGAAGAAGGAGAAGAUACAGAGGCGGAACCAAAGGCUCAGCGUGGUAGUGGAGAAGAGGAACAAAGAUCUGAAGAGUCGGCACGCAGAGUUGGCCAGCCUCCGACGAUCACAUAUUCUGGAGCUGACUUCAGUGAUAUUUCCCAUAGGAGAAGUGAGAAAUAUAACAAGGGAUCCCGCCGACGUUUCUUUUGAGAACGACAAUGCAAUGACCUCCAGCACUGUGAGCAAGUUGGCUGAAGCCCGCAGAACCACUUACCUUUCUGGAAGAUGGGUGUGUGAUGAUCACAAUGGAGAUACCAGCAUUAGUAUCGCCGGACCCUGGAUCACUCUGCCCAAUAAUGGCGAUUACUCUGCCUACUACAACUGGGUGGAGGAAAAGAAGACAACACCAGGACCUGAGAUGGAACACAACAACCCGGCGUACACGAUCAGUGCUGCAUUAUGCUAUGCAACUCAGCUGGUUAACACUCUUUCGCACAUAUUAAAUGUCAACCUUCCAAGAAAGAUUUAUAAUAGUGAAUUUUGUGGAGAGAAUUUGAAUCGGUGGAAAUUUAAUCGAGCAGUUAAUAAGCUGAACUCCAACAUUCUCUAUCUGUGCUUUUCUCAGCACGUGGACUUGGAUCUGCUCCAUCCACUACAUACGCUCAGGAAUCUUAUGUACUUGGUUAGUCCAGACAGUGAAAACCUGGGCAGGUCCGGACCUUUUGAAAUCAGUGCUGAUCUUGAGGACUCCAUGGAAUUCGUAGAUCCCAGUGGCGCUGGCGAGAGCGAUGACAGUGGAGAUGAGCACAUAAGCGAUGAAGAAACAGACCUCGGCACUGACUGGGAAAAUCUGCCAAGUCCUAAAUUUUGUGACAUUCCCUCUCAACCACUGGAGAUGCAGGACUGUGAGAGCACCAUGAUGUCUCAGCCCAUCGCCAGCAGUAGUGCCGGGGGGAUGAUCUCCUCUGCCGCGGCCUCCGUCACCUCUUGGUUUAAGGCAUACACUGGACAUCGCUGAUGUGCCUCCGAAGGACACACACAUGGCAUUACCUCUUCUCUCACUAACUUUUUACACAGGCAAGAUAAGCAGUUUGAUUUAUGGCCGAGAACAAACUUUAUAUAGGCAUUUUUUUUCUUUUUGUGCAUGGAUGGAAUUUUUUUAUGUUGACACCGAUUUAUUGCUAAGUUUUAUAAUCGGUGGCUCUUCUGUACAUUCUGGACAGAUGUGCUGCCCACCCACACCAGGCCCAGGAGUUGUAUACAUAUAGAAGGCUUUUCCUGUCACUGAAUAUAUAGUAACAGAUUUGCACUAAAUAUAUAAUAGGGAUUCGUAUUGUAUUGAUUUUAUUGUACCAUUUAUGAUGGUGUCAUGAUAAAGGGCAUCCUUCCUCCCAUCUGAUAGAAGACAAUUGUGAAAUGUUAUCUGUAAUGUUGCUUUGAUUUUUAGUCUGAAUGCUGCACAUCUGCUUUAUACUUGUGCUGCCUGAAUACGAAGGAGAAAGCACUUCUUAGAAUAAGCCCUGGAUAACAGGAUCGAUGCAAAUAUAGCAGCCAACCUAAGGGAAAUAAGGGGAUUGAUGCUUCAUAUUGCAGCCACAUUUAAAGGGGUACUCUGCCCCUAAAUAUCUUAUCCCCUAUACAAAGGAUAGAGGAUAAGAUGUCUGAUUG